UUAAAAAAAUGAAUUUGGUUGCAAGAUUAAUUCUAAACUACAGAUGUAAUCAUACGAAAGUAAUACUUUUAAGGUUAUUUAAGGGGACACAUUGCACAACAUGGACUUCAGAUAUAUUUCAAAGAAUUCCAAGAGAGUAUAAAUACUUUCUUCCAUGCUGUACAUAUCGAACCAUUGCAGAUAAUAAAAGUCAUCUGCAUAAUAUUCCAGAAAUAGAGGCAUAUGUAUCUGAACAUAAAAUUCUGCAUUCGCUAUUUGAAAAUUCUGUUCAUUAUAAAAAUAAUAUUAUACCGCCUAUUACAACAGUACAACAAGUUAGUUCUGAAGAAUUAAACCAUUUCUACAUUAUAGAUUGGGAAUCUCAGACUGCACAGGAUAUUCUCACUGCUAUUAAAAAAUUGACAUACUGUCAUAUACGUGGCUCAAGUUUUGAAAAAUCACUCUAUAAUGAUAUCUUGCAGGCCACUAUUCCAAAACUUCCUCAAUUCAAUGAUCAGAUGAUAAAAAUAUUCAUACAAUGUUUAAUUACAUUAUAUGAUAAAGUAGGUGAUGUAAAUGUGUAUAGAAAACUUUUAAAAGCAUUGAAUAAAGAAUGUGUAAAUCGAUUUUAUCCAUCAGAUGUUGAUGAAAUGUUAUUAUUAAGUGAUGCAUUUUAUCGGCUUAAUGACCAUGAUUCUGAGUAUAAAUGGCGUGCAAUGAGAAAAUUAUGUUUCAAAGUUCAUAAACUUUCUGGAAAAAAUUUAGUUCAGCUACUGUUUCUUUUAAAUUUGGUUAAAGGAGGUACUACAUCGUUCUUAAAUAUGUUUGAAAUUGAGUGCCAUCUAGAGGAAUGCAUGUAUGAGCUUAGUGGAAAUGAAAUAGGUAUAAUAGCAAGAGGCUUUUUCUUAAAUAAAAAAAAAGUUAGAAGUAAAACUUUGAUGCCAAAGAUAUUAAUCAAAGUUCAACAAUGUGCUGAUACUAUGGAUAGUACUACUUUGGCAUCAGUUAUGAAACUUUCAAGAUACAGUGACUGUAUACACUGUAUACCUGAAUUUCAAGAUAUGCUGAAAUCUGUACACAAAAAAGUACCAGAGUUAUCGUUAAAGUGCUUAACACAUAUAGUACAUACAUGUGCAAGCUUACGUGUAUACGACAAAGUUUUAAUAGACAGCAUUCUUGAAAGAACAGGAAAUGAACUGAAAUCCAUAAGACUGAAAGAUAUAGAAAGAAUUCUUUAUGCUAUAUGUACACUUACUCCUUCCACAAGUUAUUAUACAGAUAUAUGUCAUAAGUUUUUGAAUGAAAUAACAUCAACGUUUCAAACAGAUAGAGCAAUUGAAAUUGAGAAGUAUUCAGGAUCAUUGGCACGGAUUUUAAUAUUUUUAGCAGUUAAAGAUAUAUAUACACCAGAAUUAACGCAACAUGUAUUUGAUCCUGUAUUUGUACAAAAAAUAUAUAAAAACAACCUCAAGUUACUGUCAAAUGACUUGUUAUUUUUACAUUGCUGUAUUCAGAUAGAUAUGCCUCAUUAUGAAGGUCCACUUUUUGCAGAAAACAUAUAUGAAUAUUUAGUAAAGACAUAUAACUGUAACGAUGAUGUACACAGAAAAGACAACCGUAUAAAAUUACGGAACGAAGUUGUAUUUCUAUGCAAGAACAAAUUGGGAAUAAAUGUAUACAUUGAUUACAUUUUACCUCAUCACAGCCAUAGACAUAUUGUUCUGGGUCUAGAUGAAAAUAACAAAUGUAUUGAUGUUGAACCUAUCUUAUCAAAAAUGCCACUAGGCACUAUUAAAUAUGUAAACAGUGAUGAAUUGAAGAAAAUAAAAUGGAAAGUUUUAUAUAUAUAUCCCGCACUAGCAAAAAUACAUGGCUAUGAUGGUUACAAUGGAAAUCUAUGCAAAAGAGUUAGUCACAUUAGAACUGUUGGAUAUACACCACUUCCAGUAAUAUCUCAAAUUAUUGUCUAUAGUAUUAUAUUAUAA